GGAGAGGUCAAAGGAAGGACACAAGCGCCGGCGAAACACAAGCAGCAGAUGUGCACGUGACCGACAUGGACACGUCGCCGUUACAGAGUUUGUGCUCUGCCACCGACUCUACACCGCUGCCCAUUGCCCGCUCCGUUGUGCUGGCAGGCUAGCCGACUGCAAGACAAUCUGCGCGAGCAGGAGCGCCAACAUGUCCUCCACGGAUCGCCCAGGCUCACCCACUCUCCUUGAGAAACUCGAUGACAUCGUCCCGGCACCACUCGCUCAAUUCGACGCGUUCCCGAAACUGCCAUCUACCUACAAGGCACGCUCGGAAUCCCGCGGGUUCCUCACUGUCUUUGUUGGUCUCCUAGCACUUCUACUCGUCUUGAAUGACAUCGGUGAAUAUAUAUGGGGCUGGCCGGAUUACGAAUUCAGUGUGGACAAGGAAGCGGGAAAUAACAUGAACAUCAAUGUGGAUAUGGUGGUCAAUAUGCCUUGUCGCUUUCUCAGUGUGGACCUCCGGGACGCUGUCGGUGAUCGACUCUACCUGAGCAGUCGCUUUCGUCGAGACGGGACGAAAUUCGACAUCGGUCAGGCGACUUCGCUGAAUGAACACGCCGCCAUGCUUUCGGCUCAGCAAGCAGUUGCGCAGUCUCGGAAGUCCCGCGGAUUGUUCUCGACAUUAUUCCGAAAGAGCAACAACCAGUAUCGUCCAACGUACAACUAUCAGAAAGACGGCAGUGCAUGCAGGAUUUAUGGAACAAUCACUGCUAAGAAAGUGACCGCAAACCUACACGUCACAACCAUCGGACACGGCUAUGCAACCAGGGAACAUGUUGACCACAAUCUUAUGAAUCUGUCCCAUGUCAUCACCGAGUUCUCCUUUGGACCCUAUUUCCCAGAGAUCACGCAACCUCUCGAUAAUUCCUUCGAAGUGGCCUACGAUCCAUUCAUGGCGUAUCAGUAUUACCUCCAUGUUGUACCGACGACGUACAUUGCGGCGCGAUCAGCACCUCUGUAUACUCAUCAGUACAGCGUUACCCACUACACUCGCAAGUUGGACAGUCACCAUGGUACUCCGGGUAUCUUCUUCAAAUUUGACUUGGAACCCCUUGCCCUUACCAUACACCAACGCACAACCACGCUUAUCCAGCUCUUGAUUAGGUGUGUCGGCGUUAUCGGUGGCAUCUUUGUUUGCAUGGGAUAUGCUGUGCGCAUUACCGAUCGCGCAGUCGAGGCCGUCUCAGGCGUCGACAAGUCACAAGGGAUUGUCGCCGCAGAGGCAAGCGGGGUCGGCGUCGGCAUACGCAAACGUCUUGGCAGCGCCGACCUCCGGCUGCGUGGCAACCGACAGAGCUGGGCCGACGGCGGCGGAAGUGCAUACUCGAGUUACGCUGGGACGCCGGUCUCGGGCGCUUUCCCUAGCCCUCAAUUCGCAGGAUAUCCAUCGUCGCCGUACGCCGCAAGCAUUACGAGCCCCCUGCCGAGUGCCCCGCCUAUCGACCGCAGAUCGUCUUCCGGCCUGGGCUUUGGACUGAACUCACCGUCUUUCGGGCCUGCCCCAAUGACUGCUCCGCCUCAAGGUCGACGCUCUCCGCAUCCGCCAUCAUUCCCGACGGCGGCGACUGUUGGGUCGCCAUACGGUGGGACCCUGUCGGUGCCGCCCACACCUGGCACCGCGCAAAGCGGGUUCUACUCACACUUCCCGCCGACACCGAACCCUGUGAGCGCGGGCUUCCCCCGCUCGCCCAUACCAGGGAGCACGUUCGCCACACAGCAAGCGCCGACGUCGCCGAGGCCAAGUGGGCUCCGCCACCAGAGUAGUGAUGAUAGGCGAAGGAUGACUGAGGGGUCGCUUAGUGUCUUUUCCGUGUCUAGUGGAGAGGGAUGUGAUGGGACAUUGGUCGCUCGUACUGUGUGCGGGACUGCUAUCUGUGCUGUGUGUAUGUUAUCGCUUGGAUCGCUUUCAUAUUCAUCCGCGAGCAUAUGUACAUCAGCUGAAGCUCUUAGAGCUGGUAGCGGACUUGAGGCUUUGAGGGGACCAUGGCAGGCAUGUGGGUAA